AUGCCACCUGCCAGCGGUGCGCCACAAAAGUCACACACAGCAAAUGUCCGAGCCGAGAAAGCACCCAUGGCGCCCAAGAAGCGAAAGAUGCAGCCAAAAAAGGUCGACGAUGAGGGUCUCCUCGCCUCGCUAUGCACACUCAUCUCUGACCAUCAGAUUGGCAUAUCCGUCAACCUCCUCACUCUCCUCACCUUGACACACGUUUUCUUUCCCCGCGCUCGAAGCCGGACCAACAAGUUUUUCCACAUGUCCUACUAUAACUCCGAAACUGGCAUGUAUGGCUGUGGAACCGACGAUCUCCCCUUUGUCUUCCUGUGGACUAUCAUUUUCACCGGACUCAGAGUGGCUGCUAUGGAGUAUCUGUUGGACCCACUGGCUAGGCUCGGGGGCAUUAGGACAAAAAAGGGACUCAAUCGAUUCAAGGAACAAGCGUGGCUAAUUGUCUACUAUACCUGCUCCUGGUCACUCGGAAUGUACAUCAUGUAUCACUCCGAGUUCUGGCUCAACCUUCACGGCAUCUGGGAAGGUUGGCCUUUCCGAGAGGCUGACAGCCUCUUCAAAUGGUACUACCUCGUCCAAUGGGGCUUCUGGAUCCAGCAGAUUCUUGUCGUCAACAUUGAGGAAAAGCGCAAGGAUUAUGCGCAGAUGUUGUCCCACCAUCUGUUCACGACCGCCCUUAUGGCUCUGUCGUAUGGAUACUUCCACAUGCGUGUCGGUAUCGUAAUUCUCACAAUCAUGGACUUUGUCGACAUUGUAUUGCCAACUGCCAAGCUUCUCAAGUACAUGGGCUACACAAAUGCAUGUGAUUAUGUUUUCGGUCUCUUUGUUAUCUCCUGGAUAGUCACCCGCCACGUCCUUUACAUGAUGGUCUGCUGGUCCAUCUACGCUUACGCACCCCUCGACAUGGAACCCGGCUGCUACCUCGCUGACUCCACGUCAAAACAAACGUCGUUUGUUCCCAUAUCGAACACUUCCCAAUUUGAAGCUCUUGGAGGCAACAACCACUGGGGAAACCUUCUCAAAGCAUACAAUGACCGUAACGGACCUAUUUGCUGGAACCCACAGAUUCGAUACUACUUCCUGGCUCUCCUCCUGACCCUGCAAGUGUUUUGCUGCAUCUGGUUUGCCACCAUUUCCAGAGUCGUUUACACUGUAGUCAGGGGACAUGCUGCCGAAGAUUUGCGUUCAGAUGACGAGGGUGAAGGCGAGGAGAUUGAGGAGGAUCAGACCAAUACCAUUUUCAAUUUGGCAACCACGUGCGCCGAGUCGGGCAUGAGCUCCCUGCAACCAAAGGAGGAGGAAGUCGGCGUUGACGCUCUGACAUUUGCUCGCAUGAAUGGUGCCAGUCAGCGACGACAGGCCAGGAGGGAGAGCGCACGAUCAAGUGGCAUCAGCAUUCCAGGACAUGGUGAUCGCAAGGAGCUAUUGGGUCGCAUUGGCUGCGACAAACCUUCCUAA